AUGAGCAAAGAUAAACAACGGCCACCAGAGCCUCUUGAUUUCUUCAUUUGGACUGUUGAGGAUGUUGGCUUGUGGUUGGAAGAGAUAAAUCUUGGGAGCUAUCGCCAAAUUUUCAAAGAAAAUGGGGUCAAUGGAGAGUAUUUGGAAAGCAUGUCCAUGUUUACAACUGAACAAAUCCUCAGGUUCAUUAGGAAGUGCCACAUGAAAUGGGGAGAUUUUAUAAUUUUGUGCAAGGAGCUGAGACGAAUAAAAGUGGCUUGCUUGAAAGGGGAACAAAAGGUUCGUCGGCCAUGGUGGGCCCCACGUUGUCUUUCGGUAGUAUUUGUCAAAGCUGCAAAAUGUAACAGGCAGUCACGAGUUGUUUCUUUGAAGCUGGAGCCUUGA